CGCGUUUGUCUCCCUCGGGAGUGUCGUCUUGAGCGUCGCUCAGGCGUCGUCGGGCAGAAAUGCGUAGCUGGAAUGUGCGUCGCCGUCGGGUCGACUGACUGCUCACUGGCUGACUGACGCGAGCGUGGUGAAGGACGGUACGGUACUUACGCCAUUGCGGUCCGCACGUUGACCUGAAGUGCCACCCACCUACCCACCCAAUCGAGUCGGCCGAUGAAGCAGCGGAGUCGCGAGCGUCCUCCAGACGAGGACAGCGUCUACCCGGGUGUGGCGUCCAACACUGCUGCCAACCUCAGCCAGGUCCACAACCACAAGUCUGGUGGCACUCAGCCGUCGUCUUCAGAGACCGGCACCUCCACGGACUCCUCGACGGCCAACAAGGACGGCCGUGACUGCGAGAGCGACGAGCCGUGUGACCGGGACGGCGUCCUCGUGGCGCCCCUGCCCAUCCCCCCUCCCUCCCCCUCCCCGUCCCCCAACAGUGGACCCUCACAGCACAGCGGAUCCCUGUCAGUGAUGCAACAACCCCACCACCCGUGGCCGUCAUCCCUGCUCAUGCAUCCCGGGGAGUCGGUCAAGUCGUCCAGGCCGCCGCCGUCCAACGCCUCCACGGGCAGCAGCAGCGACGGCCUCUCCACCUCAACAGCGUGUUGCCAGGAUCACCCGCGGCACAGCAGGGAGCGCGACGAGCCCAAGAAGCGAGGAGGUGCCAUCAUUUUUGCCAAACCUGGGGCCACCGACAGACGUCAAGGUGCUGCCGCUGUGACGUCCGACCAUAGCAGGGGCGGUGGCGGGGGGGAGAGCGAUCAGCAGGGUGGUGGGAGUGGUGUGCAGGAUGGUGAGGGGGGGUCGAUGUGUGGCGUUCGCAUUUUGUUGGUGACGAAUAAGAAGAAGGACCUGUGGAUUCUGCCCAGUGGGACUUUCGAAGACAGGGACGUCACCAUGGAAAACUGUGCAGGUGGGUGAGGUGGGCAGGGAGGGAGGGAGCGAGGGAGACGGCUGGUCUGGGUUCACUGCACUGCAUUCAUUCGGUGCACCUAUUCGCUACAUUCACUGUCUGUGUGUGGCUAUGCGUGUGCGCGCGUGUUGGUGGUCAGUUCGUGAGAUAUACGAGGAGGCGGGUGUUCGGUGUUGCGUCCUGGCCGACCUGGGCGAGUACACGGCGUCCGACAAUGUUCGUCCGCACCACCAGUCCACACUAACACGACUACCUCGCACAUUUGGUCAAGGGGUCCACGUGUGCGCGUUUGUGUCUGUGUGUCAGCGGAGCGUGACGACCUAUUUUUUGGUUCGGUGUGAGGAGGAAUUGGCCGAAUGGCCGGAAAUGGACCAGAGGUACGUCAGCUAGCCAGCUCGUUUGGCUGCCAGCCAGCCAGCCAGCCAGAAUGGCUGGCAUGGGCGUACAAUCCAUCCAUCCAUCCAUCCAUCCAUCAUUUAUCCAUGGGUAUGUCUGUCUGUCGAUCUGCAGGGACCGGAUGUGGGUGGAGGUGUCCGAGGCAUGUGAGCACCUCAAACGCGACGUCGACCUCAGGGUCAGCAGAGAGAAGAGGGGGCGAGAGAGAAGAGGGGCAGCGGGGGACAGAGGGGCAGGGAGGAGUAUGAGACCCAAUGCGCCAGACUGAUCUCAGAUGGGCGUCACUUUCUGUCUGUCUUUCCGUGUGCUUGUCUGUCUGUCUGUCUGUCUGUCUGUCUAACAGGCAUUUGAGCAUGCGCGCAAGAUCUACCAGUCCCUGCCGCUGCGGUCAGUAGGCACAUCACGGUGUUUGGACAUAUCGCAAGACUGCAUUGUCUGUCUGUCUGUCUGUGCUUCUGCACACAGGAGCGACGUGCCGUGCCACCCUGGGCCCCCUUGCAGCCCGGCGCAGCGCAAGACCACCACAUGCCCGUCUUCAUAGCCAUAGCCACGCCCAUGCAGACGGACACAUCCAUCCAUCCAUCAACCGUUCCUUGGCUGGCUGGCUGCCUGUCUGUCUGUCUGUGGAUACGUAUCUGUGUUUGGAUGGAUGGAUGGAGUGAGUGAGUGAGUUGCCGUCUGCUUUUCGCUUUUCUCUCUGAAGCCUGCAUGUGCCGCCUCGCCUCGCCUCGCCUCGCCGACACACAUGACAUCACAUGACAUGAUGAUGAUGAUGAUACGAUAAGGGGCGCGCGUACAUCCGUG